AUGAUAUCACAAAGAGAAGAAAGAGAAGAGAAGAAGAAGAAGAGAGUGAUGGGAGAUAAGAAAUUGAUUUCAUCUUCUUCCUCGCUUUACGAUACUCGCAGUAGCAAUCAUCAUCCACCUUCUUCCUCCGACGAAAUCUCUCUGUUUCUCCGGCAUAUUUUCGACCGUUCUUCUCCUUUACCUUCUUACUAUUCUCCGGCGACGACUACUUCUAUGAUCGGAGUUCACGGUGACCCACAUGCAGAUAACUCGAGAUGUUUCCUUUCUCAACACCCACCGUCUGAUUCUGCCUUCAUGACAACGAAGCGCGUCGGAGAUUUCUCUGAGGUUUUAGUCGGUGGAAGCUCAGCCGUUGGAUCAGCCUCUGCCGCCGCGUGUUUCGGUUUCUCUGGUGGUGGUAACAACAACGCUCAGGGAAACAGCUCUGGAACUAGAGUGUCGUCUUCUUCCGUUGGAGCUAGUGGGAAUGAGACAGAUGAGUAUGACUGCGAAAGCGAGGAAGGAGGAGAAGCUGUGGUUGAUGAAGCUCCUUCCUCCAAGUCAGGUCCUUCGCGUACUUCUUCUAAGAGAUGCAGAGCUGCUGAAGUUCAUAAUCUUUCUGAGAAGAGGAGAAGAAGUAGAAUCAAUGAAAAAAUGAAAGCUUUACAGAGUCUCAUCCCAAAUUCAAAUAAGACGGAUAAGGCUUCGAUGCUUGAUGAAGCUAUAGAGUAUUUGAAACAGCUUCAGCUCCAAGUUCAGAUGUUGACAAUGAGAAAUGGAGUAAACUUGCAUCCUUUGUGCUUACCUGGAACUACAUUACACCCACUGCAACUCUCUCAGAUUCGACCUCCGGAAGCAACCAAUGAUCCUUUGCUUAAUCACACCAAUCAAUUUACUUCGAAUUCUAAUGCUCCGGAGAUGAUCAAUACCGUGCCUUCUUCUUACGCGUUGGAACCUUCCAUUCGCAGUCACUUUGGACCUUUCCCUCUCCUUACUUCACCUGUGGAUAUGAGUCGAGAAGGCGGGUUAGCUCAUCAAAGGUUGAACCUUGGUCAUUCCAACACAAACUUAACAGGGGAACAAGCUGGUUUUGAUGGACAACAACCUGACUUAAAAGAUCGACUUACUUGAAUAGAAUCUCAUCUUUCGUUCUCUGUGUUCUUGUUUCUUAGAACGCAAGAAACAAAAGCUGCAGCCAGCCUACAAUGGAUAUGCAUUUAACGGUCUUUAUUUUUUUGUAAGGUUCUAUUUUAUUCAGAAAAUGUUGUUGACACGAACUCUAGAGUGUAGUCUUUGGAUCUAAUAGCUAUAUAUAUAUAAAAAACUUUUAAUACAGAGUAAUUUGUUAGGUUUAUGUAUGUUAAUGGUCGGAUGUAAAUUUCUAAAUCAUCUUCGCUUUGUAUGGAGAUUAAAAUGACUUGGGUUUGUAAAUUACAAAAGAUGAGCUUCUAGAGAACUUUUUGGUA